AUGAGCACGGCCUCGCCGACGUCCCUGCUCCGACGCUCGGCAUCGUUUGCCGGAAGCUUCUUCUCGCCGCGCUCAAAGUCAGCUCAGCAAGACGCCCCUGCCACGGAACAGUCCAGACACCAGCCGGACGCUACAAUGGCAGAAGCGCAGCAGCAGCAGCAGCAGCAGCAGCAGCAGCCGGCGCAAGAUGACGGGUUGGUCCUGGCCUAUCUCAUUCUCGAGGACAAGAAGGGCCGUCGAAAGGAGCGCUUCCCCAUCACGCGUGCCCUCACCACCAUGGGAAGGUCCAUCGACAAUGACGUCCGCAUCUUCACAGCGGAGGUCAGCCGACUGCACUGCUCCAUCGAGAUCGAUGAGGAGACAAAGCAGGCCUCCAUGAAAGUUUUCGGUACCAAUGGCGUCGACAUCAAUGCUAGCCUCGCGCUUCCGGAGCCCAAGGGUAACGGUACUUAUCCGCUCAGGACUGGCGAUCAAAUCGUCGUAGCCAAGAGGAGGUUCCGUUUCGAGCUCAAGGAGCAGUCCGCUACCUCUGCGACGGCGAGCGGCAGCACAGCCGGCACGGCCUCGCCCAUCAAGAAGGCUGGCCAGAUCGCCCAGACCCCUGCUACCACUCGUACCAGGAGGGUCCGCAUGAGCCUCGUCAACAUCGCUCAGCUCGACACGCCGGCCAAACAUGCUAGGCCGGACCCGCUAUCCGAGAGGAAGGCUUUGCAGUCGUCUCCUCCAUCCAGCCCUCCCAAGGCCGCCAGGCGGGCCUCGCGCCGACUCUCGGGUAUCAACCUGCUUCUGCAGGGUCAGAUCGCCACUGGUGGGCCAGUCAGAGGUCGUAAGAGCCUGUCCACGCUUCCCAUGCCAUCCACGUCGCAGGUGCCGUGCACACCCAACGUCAAAGGCGGCUUGCGAAAUGCCUCGGAGCCGAAGACGGCGCCUCCAAAGCAGGUGUCGUUCAACCUCUUUGACGGGAAGAGCGCGUCGACCCGGCCAAGGAUGAGCCCGGUCAAGAAGAUGAGGGCGCUCCCUCCAAUGCCGCAGAUGGAUGAGCAGAUCGAGGACGACGAAGUCAUCGAGGACGCCCAAGAGCGCGGCGUCGGCGUGGACUCGCUCCGGGCGAUGGACGACGAGAUGCGAGAAGAAGAGCUCGUCAUCCAGAAGCCCGCCGCAUCCGCGCCUGUCGCCACCGACGAUGAUGACGACGAUGACGACCUGAUUGUCGUCGAGGAAGUGGAGGAGGUAGAGACGGCGGCCCUCCGUGAUCCACACCCCUCGGGCGAAGCCGACAAUGACCAGGCCGAUGACUCCGCUACCUCGACGACUCCGGAAGGAACACCCAAGACGAACAGGAGGCAGAGAAGGAGCUCGAGCUUCCUCGGUCGAGCUGGCCCGCUCAAGGAUGUCAAUCUCGCCUUCUACAGCGAAGAACGUCGACUUUCCGAAGACGAAGCGGGCGUUCAGGCUGCUCACGAAGAGCACGAGCACGGCUUGUCCAACAUGCCCGAGGAGGAGAUGCCAGAUACCGGACCGCUCUCGGUGGAGGCCGGCCCCCCGCCUCCGCCCUCGCCCGCUUCUCCAUCGCCGGCCCACCACCUAGAACCGCUGCCGCGCAGGCCGUCGAGGAUGAGCUCGCCCACCAAGCGCAAGGUUUCGUUGCGCACCCUAACGCUGCUGAGGUCGAGCGCGCAGUACUCCGACCGCCUCUUUGUGCCACCGCCGCCGAGGUCGGCUCAGAUGGACGGCGGCGCCUGGUCAAUGAGCAAGUCCAGCUCCAUGCCAUCGCAGCUGUCCGAGGCUUUCGACUCGCCCGCACGCGAUCCCGCUCCCGCUGCUCCCGACGCGACUGUCGCCUCGGUGCAGGUGCCUUUGACGCCGAGGCGAAUCGCACUCCCGCUCAGCGUGCCCGGAACUCCGGAAUACGCACGGGAGAUGCAAGACCUCGAGGAUGAGGAUGAGGUCGACCGUAGCCUGAGCCUCGCCUGCGACGAGAACGUUUGCGCACCUUCGGCCAGCAACACCAAGGUCAUGUCCACGUCAACCAAGGCCGUGACCGCCGACUCGUCUCCAGCCUUGGCUGAGACGCGGUCCGAAGAGCGAAAGCACCGUGCUGGCAGAGCAUCGAUGUCUGCCAUCCCGACGUCGGACCGGAGAUGGAUGGUGCUUCGAGCCCAUUUCGGUCAAUCGACUGAGGCCACGUCCACGCUCGAUGCGCUCACCUGCCUGUCUCCCUUGAAGAAGGGCGCCGGGAAGAAGAUCGUCUGCAUCAGCGACAUCGGUCUACCUCCGGCCGACACCUCAAUGGGCCACGACCUGAUCGAAGACAUCGAAGAUCAAGACGUCGUCUUGGACACGAACGAAGAGGAGGUCCUCGCCGCAGCUAUCGAAUGCCUCUUCACCGCCGCCAUCGAUGAGGACACCGACGACGAGACGGACAUCGAUGACGAGGAAGAGGAGAACCACGACCGAAACGAAGACGGCGGACGCCAGCCGAGCGCAGAGAUUGAUGAGGAAGACAAAGAGAACCUGCCCCCCACGACUGUCGCGCCUGCAGUCCUCGCCACGCCUCCGCCAGUUCGCGGACCUGGUCAAUCGCCCGCUUGCGAGUCGACUAUUAAGAAGGAUGCCAUCAAAUCGCUGGUCCUGGAAGCUGUGCCUCAUCUGCCGUCUAUCAGCGGUGUGGCGCCGAACGUGACAGGGCUCAACAGCCUUUGCGAGUCGAUCGAGCCGCUCGUUGAUACGGCUUCGAUGUUCGCUUCAGGAAGCGAUUUGCGACCGCCGGUCGAGUACGGCACGCUGCGCGAGAAGAUGCGAGCAGAUCCUGUCCUGGCCGAGCUUAUCUCGCCGCAGGAUCGUGCGGAACGCAAGAAGCUCGGCAAGCUUCGCGCCUCGCCCUCGAAACGCAGGGCAGCUGCGAAGUUGCCUCCCAAGACACCGGACAUGCGGGGAAUCAAGCAACUGCUCGCCGAGCCCCUGCCGCAGAAGACGCCGGACAUGCGUGGAUUGAGGCAGCUCCUUGCGGAACCCAAAGUGGCGGCCGCCACGCCAGACGUACGAUUCCUCCGUCAGGUAUUUGCGCUGCCUGCGACCGAGGUCGAUUCCGACCCGCACCUGGCCGCCGUCAAGAAUCUCUUCAAGUCGCACGAACGAGCGCUGAGGAGUGAGACCGUCCUCGAUCAGCACGAUGAGGACGGACAGGCGCUGCGCGACCUGAUGGCCACGCCCGCCGCCAAGAAGUGUAUCUCGGACGCAUCUGUCUCCGUAAGCGACGUCGGCAAGCUCUUUGAAGUUGAUGAGCUCAACCCACGGAAGGCGGCGAUCGAGGUGACAGAGGAAGAUAACGAAGAGCCGACUGCGAGUCCCUCGGUGCGCAAGACCGCCAUCGUCGCCCCGUUGACUCAGGCGCAGCCAGCGCUGACCGGGUCAAGGGAUCAUAUGUCAACGGGUUCGUCCGUUGGCGCUCAGGGGCAAGAAGAUCCCUUGCCCUCAGUCUCUUCGCCUGCCCUCGACGCUGUCUUGGAAGUGAGGUUGCUGGACAAGGCGUCCCACGAGGGCCACGAAGAGCUCUUUGACGAGGUCAGGCGCCUCUCCACUGGCCAUUCAAGCCGCGAAUCCGAGUCUGCGCCCACGGAUGACCAGGAUGAGGCUGAGCAGCCGAGCGAGACGCCGGUCGCCGUCGGAGACGAGCCCCCGGUAGCGGAGCCGGACGUUCCAACCACCGAGGUAGAAGUCAACACGGAGGCUGCAGCGAUUGAGGCGAUUGCGCCAGCCAUCGCAGAGGAGGAGACUGCGCCCGUGACCGCCGCCACCGAGGAGGAGUCAGUCACCGCGCCGACCCCCGUCAAGACGCGUGCGACUCGGGCCAAGGCCGCCGAGCUCGCCACGCCCAAGUCGAGGCUGCGCGGAGGCAAGAGGGCACCGGUCUCACACGACGUGGAGGGUGAAACGACCUUCACUCCCGCCCCGACUGAUGAGAGGGUCGAGAUGGCUUCGUUCGAGGACGAGGCCAAGGCCAGGAGCUCAGAUGAGCCUCUGCCUGCCGUUGUCGUCGUCGCUGAGGACGACUCAAACGAGGCAGAAGGAUCCGAGAAGAAGCAGGAAUUCGGCCAAGCAUCGUCGGACCAGGGCCCUCCCGCCACAUCGCCCGUCAAGGCGAUGCGCUCCCGAACCCGCAAGGGUACUACGACCAGCGCCUCCUCUCCCGUCAAGACCAAGUCAACGCGCUCCCGCAAGACAGCCGCCGCUCCUGUCGAGGAGCCCGAGACCCAAGCCGAGACUCAUGACGAGAAGAAGGCGGCAGAACCAUCUCCCAUACCGACUGAGAUGACGACAACGACGACACGACGACGCGGCCGAGCCGCCAAGGCCAAGGCCGCUUCAACUUCAGAGGACGAGGAGACUGCGGUGCCUCUUGAAGCCGACCAGGCUAAUGCCGACGUCAGAAAGUCCAAGGACCACGCGGAGGCUCGAGCGGAAGCAGCAUCCAAGAAUGAGAUGCAGGAGACUAGCCCGGUCCCAGCUCCGCAACCCGUUAAGACGAGGACGCGGCGCGCAGCCGCAGCCGCAGCCAGCAAGCCUGCCUCAUCGCCUGUCAAAACGACUCGUUCCACGGCGACGGCGAGGGGCAAGCGCGGCUCAGCCUCGGCCGGGACCAAGGCAGCGGCGUCCGAGGGCGACGUUAUCGAGAUCGAUUCGUCGGAAGAUGAGAGCGACAACGACGACGAAGACAACCACGGAGCUCAGACCGAAGAUACCACCGCUAUUGCCGCUGCCGGUGUUGAGGUGGUAUCGACGAAAAAGUCCACGCGGUCCUCGUCGGCAAAGCGCUCGGCCAUUCCGGCGCCCAAGAAGACGACGCGAGGUCGCAAAGCCGUACCGCUGGGCGACGUGACGAACGUGGCGCCCGAGUCUUCGACCACCAAGCGGAGCACGAGGAAAUCAAGCCGUAACGAAAGCAGUGGCAUCAUCGAGCAGGACGACGAGCUGAACGGUGAUCAAGCAGCUGAGGAGGAAGAGAAGACGAGGCCAUCCAGAUCCACACGAACCGCCGGUUCGGGUGCGCGUGCAGGCGCGACGACGACGACGACGACGAAGAAGACGACCAGAUCCAAGGCCUUUUCGUCCGCAGCCGCCAAGAGCAGCGGCGACGAGCAGCAGUCGGUCCCGUCGUCGAGCCUACCGGUUAGGACGACACGGUCUCGAGCUGCUGCCAAGAAGUAG